AUGAAUUAUCUUUUUGUAAUUUUUGUUGGAUUAUUAAUACCAUCUUUAUGUUAUAAUAAUGAAAAUUAUAAUGUAAGAGAUAAAAGAGCUAUUUUAAAGCGAAGAAUAUUUAAUUUUACAAUGCCAGUUAAUUAUUAUUAUGAUUUUACAUCUAAAUGUCAAAUUAUUGAAAAAGCAAUUGCUCAUAUUUCUGAUUAUACAUGUAUUACAUUUAAAAAAGUAAAAAAACCAUUUGAUAAUAUUGGAAUUAUUUUUAAACAAGUAAAAAAAGAUAGUUAUGUUGAGGAUAAUUUAGAAAAAGGAAAAUCAACUAUUAUUUAUGUUAAUAAAGAUUGUACCCUUAGAAUUGGGUGUAUUAAAUCUUUACUUGGUCGUGCCUUUGGAUUAAUACCACAUGUUCAACGUUGGGAUAGAGAUACAUAUGUUGAAGUUAAAUUAGAUAAUAUUCAAGAUGAAUAUAAAAAAUAUUAUACCAAAAUAAGUGGACUUGAUGUUAAAAUUAUGAAUACUGCAUUUGAUUUUGGUUCUAUUAUGAAUUAUGAAUCAAAACAACAUAGUAUAAAUGGAAAACCAUCAUACAAAUCAAAAUGGAAUAAAUUAUAUAAUAAAAUGUUGGGACAAAGAGUUGACUUUAGUCACAAUGAUAUUAAACUUCUUAAUGAUCUUCAUUGUGGAAAAGUUUGUCCCAAAAAAGUUAAGGGAUGUAUUAAUGGUGGAUAUCCUGAUCCUUUGAAUUGUGGUCACUGUAGAUGUCCAAAAGGAUAUGUAGGAAAAUUAUGUGGUAUUGCUGCUCCAUCUGAUAAAGAAUGUGGUAAAACUAUUCUUAAAGCUUCACAUGAUAUAAAAUCACUACAAAUAAAAUCUAAUAUUCAAUGUAAUUAUCUUAUUAAAGCAGAUCCAGGAUACAAAGUAAUUGUUUAUGUUGAUGAUGCUGUCCUUCCAAAUGAAAAUCCAUGUACUAAUACAUAUGGUUUAGAAAUUAAAAAUCGUUAUGACAAAGGAGCAACCGGUCUUAGCAUAUGUGGUCGUGUAAAAGAUGUAGAAACGAAACCUAUAUUUAGUCAGGUGUUAGUAAGAUAUUACGGUCGUAAAGAAAAUCAUUACGCUAAUAUAAGGUAUGAAGCUGUAACUAAAGAAACCGCUAGAGAAUUUGACUACGUAAAAUAA